ACCAUCAGCAGCAUGAGCGCCAACGUCAAGUUCACCUGCCUCAACUGCCGGGUCGGCUUUCCAACGGCCGAAGCGCAGCGUGUGCACUACAAGACGGAAUGGCAUCGUUAUAACUUGAAGCGCAAGGUUGCAGGCAUGGCCCCGCUGACCGCCGACGCCUUUCGCGCUCGCGUGACACAACAGCGCCAGGAGGCGGAGGACAACGCUGCCCAGGCCAAGGCUGACUACGAGUGCACGCCGUGCCGCAAAUCGUUUCGCAGCAAGAAUGCUCUCGAGUCACACCUGCAAUCCAAGAAGCAUCUUCAGAUGAUCAUGCCAUCCUCUACAUCGAGCGAACGCACCCCUGAAGCAGCCGAAGCCGGUGCCCCCACCGAUGCAUCCAUCACCCCUGCUCGUCCCACCCCGAUGGCAACCGCGGCCGCAGCGUCCACCACAUCCAUUCCAGACGCACACCGUCAACCCAUCGCUGAGCAGAAUCGCAAGUACGACGAGCUUGCUCGCCGCUGGGAGGAAAAACUCGCUCAGGAAAAGCUUCCCGAGUUUGUCGAAGAGCCCGUUCUCGAGCCCCAAGACUGCAUCUUUGACACAUACCGUGCUGAUUCCUUCGAGGCCAACAUUGAGUACAUGUCUUCACGUCACGGUUUUUUCAUUCCAAACGUGGAGUUUGUUGUUGACCUGGAGGGCCUCGUCCGCUACCUGCAGCUCAAGGCCGGCAAUUAUUUCACCUGCCUGUAUUGUAACAAGCAGCUGGCUGACCUCGAGGGCGUCCGCAAACACAUGGAGGAUAAGGGCCACAAGAUGAUUGACUACUCCGAAGAGGGACAGCUUGAGCUGGGUGACUUUUACGACUUUAGCUCCACAUACCCCGAUGACAGCAACCUGACAGAUGCCGAGCGUGACGCUGAUCUGACCCUUGCCGUUCAUCAACACCAAGGCCAACUGCACCGCGAUGGCUUUGACUUGGUCCUGCCCUCGGGUCGCCGGGCUGGUCACCGCGAACUCAACCGCUACUACAAGCAGCACUUCAAGGCGCGCGAUGAGCGUGACUCGGUCCGCAUUGGUCGCAUUGUCGCUCAGUACCGAGCCCUGGGUCAUAAGGGUGUUGAAUUGCCGAGUGAGAAGGUGCGCCGUGACCAGGCUUACGGCAUCCGCUGGCAGCGCGACAAGCGCCUCGAGAUUGGCAUGAAGCACAACAGCCUCCAGUUUCACUACCGUGAACAAGUGCUCCAGUGA